CACUAGGAAAUUUCCCAUUAUCUCUAUGGGGAAUCCUCAGCCAUUGGAUUAGGGAUCUGUGCUGCCCAUUCCUUGAGAGCCCUCAGGAGUGUGGAAAGCACUUCCAUGAAACAGCCUUCAGGGCUCAGAGGGAUGAAAGGGGAAAAUAUGAAACAAGGAGAAGGUCCCAGCACCAACUGCACCACCAAACCCAUCUGUGCAGUGCCCCGUGUUCUUUAUUUAGGAGAUUACAGCUUUUCUGCCCUUGUUUGAUAGGUUUGCUACAAUAGCAUCCCACCAGCACACUUCCACCAUGCUCACCUUCCUCUCUCAACCCACCUCUGCCUUGCAGGGUUGUAGGCUCAACAGCUCGUCCCAUUUAACCGCCACGAAUUAAUCUGUUGUUCAUUUGAUGAGGAUUAUUAGGGACUGACCUGGCAAAGCAUGCACUGUCACUGUCCCAAGACACGUGUUCUGCUGCCUAAGAAAAACCUCUAACAGGAUUGCAGGCUUAGGACAUGUUGCAGAUACCCACUGCUGGCCACACCAAGCUGAACCCUCAUCAGGAUCGUACCAAGCACUGCAGGCAGCCCUGAAAGCCAUCACUUAAAUUGCAGGAAAAUUCUUUGUCUAUUACCUCAGUAUAGCUCCAUGAUAAACUAUGCAAACAUAACCUUUCCUCUACAGAGAAAAUUGGUUUUUUGGUUUUUUUUGUUUUUUUUGUUUUUGGUACAAAAUCUUGCAUUGUGUUUCCUAACUCUGGGGCUGCUGGAGAUGUACCUUCAGCUUUCCAACCAACAUCCACUUGGUGUUAAACCACUCCCAGGUUGUUUUUUUCCUGCUUUUCCUGUUCCUAUCUGUCAGUCCUCCCCUGUUCACACUUCUCUUUGCAGAGGUGCGUUUUCAGAAGUUUUCUUGGUGAAACAAAGAAGCACUGGGAAGCUCUUUGCUCUGAAGUGCAUCAAGAAGUCCCCGCUCACAAGGGACAGCAGCUUGGAGAACGAGAUAGCAGUGCUGAAGAAAAUAAAGCACGAAAACAUCGUGACUUUGGAAGAUAUCUAUGAGAGCACAACCCACUUCUACCUGGUGAUGCAGCUGGUGUCGGGUGGAGAGUUGUUUGACAGGAUCUUGGAACGAGGGGUUUACACUGAGAAAGAUGCGAGCGUGGUGAUCCACCAGGUCCUGACAGCAGUGAAGUACCUCCAUGAAAACGGGAUUGUCCACCGUGACCUGAAGCCUGAAAACCUUCUUUACCUCACUCCUGAAGAAAACUCCAAAAUCAUGAUUACAGACUUUGGUUUGUCCAAGAUGGAGCAGAAUGGCAUCAUGUCCACCGCCUGCGGGACGCCAGGAUAUGUUGCCCCUGAAGUCCUUGCCCAGAAACCGUACAGCAAAGCUGUGGACUGCUGGUCCAUCGGAGUCAUCACCUACAUCCUGCUGUGUGGGUACCCACCUUUCUACGAAGAGACUGAGUCCAAGCUGUUUGAAAAGAUCAAGGAAGGCUACUACGAGUUUGAGUCUCCUUUUUGGGAUGACAUCUCCGAGUCAGCCAAGGAUUUCAUCAGGCACUUACUGGAGAAGAACCCGGACACAAGGUUUUCCUGUGAAGAAGCCCUGAGGCACCCAUGGAUUAAUGGAAAUACAGCCCUUCACCGUGACAUAUACCCAUCUGUCAGUGCUCAGAUUCAGAAAAACUUUGCAAAGAGCAAAUGGAGGCAAGCCUUCAAUGCCGCAGCUGUGGUGCACCACAUGAGGAAGCUGCACAUGAAUGGCCACGCCACGGCUGGCAGCACCCACCCAAUUAUACAAGGCUCUGAGGCACCCAGACCCAGCACACCCAACAGCACGCAGCCAGAAAUGCCCAACAAGGAUGAGGACAUGUCACUGCCCCAGGUCCCCUGUCCGGCCCCUCCUGCUCUGCUGGAGCAAGGCACAGGAAUGAGAGAGGGCAAGCUGCAAAGCCCCCCAAUGAAUGGAUCACCAGACAACCAGAGCCCGCCGGCCAGAUCGUGUGGCUGCAGCCCAGUGUGCACAGGGCAUGAGAGAGCCAAGGCAUCCUUCUGCUCCGAGAUGGUGCUCCUUAAAAAACCUGCAAAAUCCCACCAUUUCAAAUCAGAAGUUCUCGUUCCAAUGAAGACUGGUAAGCACUCAUCUCACUGUGGCACUGGGCAAACUGGAGUUUGCUUGAUCAUGUGAUGAGGAAGGCGGCCAGCAGGAUCCC